AGAUCCCAUGGCAGCAGUUUGAAAACACACUUGCUUGCUGCAUGUAGUGGGACCUCUGCAGCAGUAGACCUAUACGCGCGUUUUAUUUGUUUUAUUUGCUGACAUUACAACAGUUUGUGAUGGUAGAACGAUGUUAGGUCUACACCCUAAUGUUAUUGCCUUACUGGAGUCUGACCCAGGGAAAACACACGUAGACGCAGUCCCAUUAUUAUCCGACACCGACCCAAAGAAUCUCCCAGUGGAAGCAGGAGGAGGCACCAUCACAUCUCCCUUUACCUUUCGGCCCCAGAGACUUCGACUGAACAAGGACCACGAGUUCUUUGAAGAUGGAGAUGUCCAUCGCCACCUGUAUCUUCAAGAUCUGGCCACCAGUGCCACACAGGAUCCCCAGCCUGCAAAGGUGUGUGAGUUCCGCUGCCACAUCUCCGGGUGCAGCCAGCAGUUCGACUCUCUCCAGGGCUACGAGCACCACUACAGCUCGCUGCACCGGCACGUCUGCGCCACAUGUAGGCGCUGUCUCCCCUCCGCACGCCUGUUGGACAUACACAUACAGGAGUGGCACGACUCCCUCUUCGCAGUCAUGGCACAAAAGCAGAGCAUGUACCAGUGCCUGGUGGAGGGAUGUGAUCUGAGGUUCAGCUCCUCUCUACAGAGGAAAGAUCACCUGGUCAGGACUCACAGCUACCCACCGGACUUCAGAUUCGACAAGAGCAAGAAGAGCAAGAGGGUGAAGGAGCGAUUGGUGGUGGGGGAGAAGAGUGCUGGUAUGGAGGUGUGUGUAGAUGCGGGGAGCAGGUCAGAAUCCAGGGGGUCAGAAGAGCCGUGUGAGGGAAUGGAUGUCGCAGACGAGAUCCCGGGUUCCAUAGCAGACGUCACAGAGACCCCAAGUUCUAUAGCUGACGACACGCACUCAUCGGGUUCCAUAGCGGACGACACACACACGUCGGGUUCCGUCGCACAGGGAGGACAUGCGGUUCCACCCGAGACCCAGAACACGCCAUCGCAGAAACCACGAUACACAUACAGAGUGCCGCAGUCCAUCUGCUUCGGUCAGGGUUCUGUGAGAGGCUUCAGAGGGGGACGCCGAAAGAAGUGACACGCACACAUACACACGCACAUGCAUCUACAAGGACACGAUGACAACACACUUAGCCACACACACACACACACACACACACACACACACACACACACACACACACACACACACACACACACACACACACACACACACGAGCAUGAAGACACAAUGACAACACACACACACACACACACACACACACACACACACACACACACACACACACACACACACACACACACACACACACACACACACACUUAAAGGCCUGACUCCCAGGCCUGUCUGCUUCCUCAGUGCUUCAGAAGGCCUGCACAGUGCACAGGCCUGUGUCCUGAAUGAUGUAUUUUCUUAGAGCAUUAUUUCCUUAAUAAAUUAUCUCGAUGAAAACAUGUACGCCAUUUGUUCUGCAGUAAUGGUUUUGACGUGCCCUCGUAAACCUGUCACUGCUCUCUCUCUCUCUCUCUCUCUCUCU